AUGGAAGAGAAAACUAAGGAAGGCUCAGCACCAGUAAGACUAGCUGAAGCGAGAAGGCCUCCUCUCCUCGCCGUAACGCUUGUUCGAAGAGUGACGAACGCGGAUUCCUCGAUCGGCGUCGAAGAGUUGUGCAAUCGGGUCUACGGUGGAGUGAUCAUAAAGGAUAAAAAACAGGAUUACAAACAGAAGUUCUGGGUCGACGAAGAUCUCCAAAAGAAUUGCUUCUUGUUGCUUGCUAAAAAGUUAUCCAUCUGUUGGAUCGAAAAUAAGCAAUACUGGGGUUGGAUCAACGAGGCGGAAGAAUGUUACAACGGCGAAGAAGACAUACCCGUGGCGAAGCUGUUGAGUGUAUGCUGGCUACAAAUUUCCGGCACGUUUAGGACAGUCAAGCUCUCUCCAAAGACCACAUAUGAGGUUGCCUUCGUGGUGAAAAGGAGUGUAGAUAGCAGUGGGUGGAACGUUCCGGUGAACUUAAACCUCACUCUACCGGAUAAAACCACGCAGGGACGCAUUGAGAAUUUGUUGGUGAAGCCGAAGGGUGAAUGGAUAGACAUCCCUGUUGGUACAUUCAUGACUUCUCCGGAGAAUGUUGGCGAGAUAAGAUUUUCCUUCUCCGAAACGGAUGACCAUUGGAAGUCCGGACUCCUUGUCAAAGGUGUUGUCCUUCGACCACAGGAUUAA